AUGGCCAGACGAGAGCGACGAGGUGUUGCGAUCCCCCAGUCCAGUUCCAACUGUCUCGAAUCGAUAAAGUCUGUGGAGACGGGUAUCGUCACAGGACGCGAGCUCCUUUUAGCACAAGCACAAGAGUCACUCGCCCCGGCACUCGUCCGACCCCGUGAUAGCAGGCCAGGGUAUCAGGUACAGGACAGGGCCUUCGUCAUCCGACAGCGCGCAAAAGAGCUGCAGAACGAGCCUCGUCAACGCCGCGCUCACACUGAGGCCCUUGCAAGCGUACCUCUGUGGGUAGUGGGUACGGGGCCGGCACAUGUCAGCUCCAGCCGUUGGUCUCGUGCUUCUGAGCGCGAUAUCGACGAUGUCCGAGCCCAGGUCCAGUUGCAAUCUGCUGGGUGCUGCUGGGGCCGACAUGUACAUCGGUGCGCCAAUUCUCCCCAAGUGACGACGGUUCAAGAGCGCCUCGAUAUCGCCAAAUCGCCCUGCUUCCGUCGCUGCAGCCGAGGAGACGGGAUCAAGUCGCUACAUGCCAAGUACAUGCACCUUAACAGGUACCCAGUACCUCUGACGCAACCACCAAGCCAGCACCUAUAG